AUGAUUGAAGAGACAAGAAAGUUUGUUAAGUUCAACAGAAAGUUGGCUAGUAGCAGAGCAAAUAACAUGACCGUAGCCAAACAAGAAGAAGACCUCACAAGUAAGCUUAAGAAGAGAAAAGUUCGUAGCCAAAAGAAGAAUGCAAAUAUAAAAGCGAAGGAAAAUGGGACAGAAAAGAGCAUAGAAGUCAAGAACAAAGACAAGCCGUAUAAACGAUCCAAUAGCAAAUACAGUAAGAUUGGAGUAAAAGACUGCAGAUCAAAUCCAAAAUAUGAGUACUGUUUAGAUGAUGCCGAUGACAAUGAAAAGGAGCUAAUACUAAAUGGAACAAUAAGCGAUAGGCUCAACUGUCUUGCACUGCUCUGUGCUAGAAACCCAACAGACAGGAACUACAAGCAGCUUCUUCAGUUCUGUGAGAAUCAAAGGAACGAUGUUAUCUAUACCACGCUGAAGCUUAUACGGGAUCUUAUAAAGGAAGAGUGCAUUAAAAGAAAGGAAUCCAGUACAAAUGAGUAUGGCGAAGGCAAAGAGUCUAAUGUUGGUAGACGCAACAAGACAAAUGAGGAAGACAUGUGCGGAAUAUCCUCUUAUAUAAAAAGCAGGAUCAUCAAGAGUUUUGACAUGGGAGUCAAGAAUCAAUAUAUAAAAGACAAAGUUCUGGAAAUUAUUGGAGUCUUGGCCAGGGCAGGAAUCUACGAAGAAGACUUUAUUAACAUUCUUGUUUCUCGUCUUAUUGAGAAGAGCACUACUCUUAAGAUCGUUGAAAAUGCAUUGAAAAGUCUAUUUUCAGCACACGAGCAGUUAAUUUUUGAGGGAGUUGAGGAUUUUUACUACAAAAACGACUCUUUCAGGUGUCAGCACAAUGUUCUCAAAUUUCUGCAGAAUCUGGAAUUUAAAAAGGAAAAGGAAUUCUUUAGAUUCUACGAUACAGCGCUGAGUUCCCUGGAUGAAGAAUAUCCCCAGGACCAGAGAGACCUCAUGAUUGAGCUGUUGGUCAAUGGAUUGUCCAGAGUGGUCUCUCCCGGCGACAGUGUCACCAGUAUAGAUCUUGUGCGGGGCUAUAUCAAGUCUUCAAGAUCCAUUAUUUCAGUUCUCAAUCUUCUUAUUAAAACCAAUGAUCCAUUUACAGACACUUAUGUUUUGAAGGUGUCAAGAACAACCCUCCUUAGAAAUACCAAGCACGAGCCCGAAUUCCUAAAUAUGAUCUACAAACUAGACAAUAGUAAUUUAUUUGCUAAGCUGGUGGACAAUUCGUUUUAUUAUUCUGUCCAGUCGAUCCUUGCUUUGCUGCUAAUGGCAUACGAGAAGGGAGUGGAUGCCAAGACACUCUUCAGCUUGCAUCUGCUUGCGCGCCACUACAAUCCUGUUGUAAGAGAUAUGUCCCAAAAGCUGCUCAGGAAGGAGAGGAUGCCCAUGUUUGACCCAUUCGACAGUGUAUACGUUGAGGGGCUGGCGAAGACUUUAUCAGUGUAG